CCUCCGGCGCGCGAGGCGCGCAGGCUUCUGGGGACCCUUAGGGAAGCGGCGACGCGGCAGUGCGGCCGAGGCUCUCUCACCUGUCACCCUGGCCCUUCUUUGCUUGGACGGUGUUUUCCUUUCUGCAGCCGAAAAUGACUUUGUCCACCGCAUUCAGGAGGAGCUGGACCGCUUUCUGCUGCAGAAGCAGCUGUCAAAGGUACUUCUUUUCCCCCCGCUCUCCAGUCGCCUCCGGUACCUGAUCCAUAGAACAGCAGAGAAUUUUGAUCUCUUGAGCAGCUUCUCUGUUGGGGAGGGCUGGAGGAGGAGGACAGUCAUCUGUCACCUGGACAUCAGGCUACCCAAUUCAGAUGGCCUCUCUGGCCCCUGCCGCCCUCCUACCUCCCAUCCUGGCAAGUACCAUGGUCCUCGGCCCAACUCAAACCAGGGAGCGGCUGCUGGUCCCCGAGGGGCACGGGCUGGCCGGUGGCAUCGCGGACGCAAGCCCGACCAGGCUUUAUAUGUGCCCCGGGUGCUGCGCAUGCACGAAGAAGGGGCACAAACCCCUGCCCCAGGGCUCAAGGGAGAGGCUCCAGCUGAUGGCAUCCCAGAAGAGCCCAGAGAUGUUGGUGCUGGGGACCGCAACUCUGAUCAGGGACUCCCCCUGUUGAUAGCCCAGGCAACAGAGAACCUAACGGGCCCGGGCCAAAGUUGUGAGAAUGAUCCACUGCCAGACCCAGUUGGCAUUGAGGCCCCGGGGCCUGAGAGUCGCUCAGGAGAAGGAGAUGGGUUGGAGGUGGCCAAACAGCUUGAGUCGAGCCUACAGCUGAACCUGGUAGAGGGGAAUGAGAGUCAGCUGGAGAAGAGCGUGGCAACAGUGGAGGAGGAGAAGGAAGAGGAGGGCCAUGGCAGCUACUCUGAGGACGAUUAUAGUGAGCUGCUGCAGGAGAUAACAGACAACCUGACUGAGAAGGAAAUCGAGAUAGAGAAGAUCUAUGUGGACACAACCUCCUUUGUAGAGGGGCUGCCUGGAGAGAAGGACCUGGGCCACGUGGUGGAGAUCUAUGGCUUUGAACCAGCUCUCAAGACAGAGGACCUGUUGGCAGCAUUUUCUGAGUUCCAAGAGAAGGGCUUCAAGAUCCAGUGGGUGGAUGACACUCAUGCUCUUGGCAUCUUUCCCUGCCUGGCCUCAGCUGCCGAAGCCCUGUCCAGGGAUUUCUCAUUGCUCAAGAUCCGGCCCCUCACACAGGGAACCAAGCAGUCAAAGCUCAAAGCCUUGCAGAGACCAAAUCUGAAAGAGGGAGGAUUGGAUGAAAUAGCAUGGAGACCUGCCUGCUAUGGUGAUGGGCACACAAGGGGCCAAAGCUCCUGCAGCUGGCAAAGGAGAGACCACAGACAAACACAGCGGUGGCCCGGAGGCUGGUGGCCCGGGCCCUGGGGCUCCAACACAAAAAGAGAGAGCGGCCCGGGGUUGAGAAUCUCCUGCCCUGAGGCAGUGAGGCCCCCAAGCCUGGAUGCACGCCCCAAGCACUAACUUGGUGCCCAACACCAAAAGCCUUUACAGACACUACAACAGCCCUGUGCAGGCCAGAAUGAUUGUUGGAAUCCCACUGUGGGGCGUGGUGGGCUUUAGUUUGGUCUAAUUCUAGAAGUUGAAGAAAAAUAAAAACUUCAAAGUUGUAAUGUGAUUGCUUCCAAGUGUGAUGGUUUGCCAUGGGACACUAGGGGGUGCUGUCCAAUCUAUUUUAGCCUGGGGCUGCUAAAGAAAAAGCUGCUUCUGGGAGCUUGGCAGGUCAUUUUUUGCACAGGACCUGUCCAGUUUUUUGGGUGUAGGUUGCACGUCUUCUGUGACACCUGCACAGUCUCCCCUAACAACUUGGGUGUCCCAGCCUGCCGUCCUGUGCUGCACAGCAGCUGUGGGCUAAUGGCCCUAACCCUUUGGGCUGGUCCUAGUGGUACCUGUCAGUCCUGGUUACAGAAGGCUCCUUGCAGAAAUAAACAUGAACAAAGCCAAUAGGUGAAAUCUGAAACGCGUGCUGAGUUUGGUUCCUCACAUCUUUGUGGGACAGGGUCACAGUGCCCUCAUCUCCUGCUUUGGGUAGCAUUGGGCUGAGGCGGCUCUGGCUGGCACUUUGAGGUCAUUGUAGGCCCCUCAGUGGGUAUAUGCGUAUGUGGUAUAUGGCUUAGCAGGUUCUUGACACUAGUGGGGACCCCCACAUCUGGGGGAGAACGGCUGCUUCUGGGCCCUCCACCCUCCUGGCUGCUGACUUGCACAUUCUGUGUCACUACUCUCUUGCCUCAGAGCCCUUCUUUCUGCCUUUUUAGGAGACAUCUGUGAUUGUCUCAGUGCAGAUGUCCCAUCUGGUCCUAACAGCUACUGUUCGGAGGAAGCCUGCUGAGGGCGCCCACACUCUCAUAGAUGGUAACUUGGCCUUUGUCCUAGACUUCUUGGGAACAAUAAAUAUCCUGUCUGUAGGUCAGAGUUAGAGUAUCCUAUCCUGAUUUCUCUCCCCAAGGGUGCUAGAAAGAAGACAGGUGGACAGGAUUGACCUCUCCCUACUCUGUGACAAGUUUCUUUAAAAAACCAUGGUUCUAAAAGGCUAUUAGUUGUGUUUGUGUAUUUUUUGGUCAUCUCCUUAGACUGUUCUCAGAGGCCAGGAGUUGCUCCUUUUGUAGUCUGUAUUGAGUGAGGGCUCUUGUGGCCACAUUAGGUCCCUGGGUGGCACAAAUAGUUUGUGCACGUGAGAAAAGACCUGGUGAUCUGCUUCCAUAAAGAUUACAGCCUAAGAAGCCCUGUGGGACAGUUCUACUCUGUCAUAUAGGGUUACUGUGAGUUGGAAUCGACUUGGCAGCACACAACAACUAAUCUAAAGGUUGGUGCCUCGAACCAAUGGUACUGCAGAAGAAAGGCUUGGAGAUCUUCCAUAAAGCUUACAGCCAAGAAAACUCUAUGGGAGUUCUACUCUGUAGCACAUAGCAUGUGGGGUCGCCAUGAGUCAGAAUUGACUUGACAGCAAUGGUUUUUUUUUUUUUGGUGGCCACACUGGACUGUAGGGGACUUAGGUGCCCAGGUCACUGCAGGGUGAAACCAUAAGUUGACAAAGGGUAUCUGAAACUAGGCAGUUGCUGAGAGAACACAGGAACCCUGCUACUCAGUGGCUGGGUACAGUGGUUCAAAUGAAAUACAAGAUGCAUAU